AUGCCUGAGGUGAAGAACAGAGGUGUGGCUCCAGAGCGGGCUUCAUCAUCCAUCUUGGGUGACCCCGAAUAUCGCCCCUACAUCUGUGAAUGCUGCCCCAAGAAGCCGAAAAAGUUCGGAACCCUCGAGCAACUCAGUAAACACGAGGCCGAGAAGCAGUACGAGUGUACUUUCUGCCCGAAUCGGUUCAAGUCCAGAAACGAAGCCAUACGCCACUUGAACAGCGUCCACCUCCGCCACCACAGCUGGUCAUGCUCUGCACUCGGCAACGCUGGGGCCCCUUUCGGCCUUUCGCCUGCAUUCCAUGACAGCCCCUCGCAGCCAGGAGUGGCUGACUCCUGUGGCUACUGUGGUGAGGACUUUGCGCGUAAUGGAGGAGGUGCUGCUGUUGGUGAUGGCGGUGUUGGCGAUGACGGCGAUGGCGCCCUAUGUGCGACUGUGGUGGACUGGCACGAACGGUUGCACCAUAUGCGGCAUGUCCACCACUACAUGGAGUGCAACAAAAACAAGAGGUUCUACCGCGCCGACCACUUCCGCCAGCACCUCAAGCACAGCCACGCCGGGACGAGCGGGAGGUGGACUAAUCUGUUGGAGAAUGCAUGUAUGCUAGAAGAGGAACCACCUCAGCCCCGUGUGUCUAAAGUCUCAGCAUUGGAUAUGUUCUUGGGGGAGCCCAGACCCAGGCCCAACUUACAAUGA